ACCUCCCGAACUCGGGCGGCUCUUUCUAAGCCGUUCCUGCCGCAUCAGGCGCAGGGAAACGGCCGCUAGGUGCUGCUGCUGGGCAAGGAGCCGAGCCUGGGGUGUGCGGGGGGAGGAACGCUUCGGGUCGGGGCUCUCUGGGGCUCCCACGCCGUCUGGUGUCACCCCGCGGGGUCACGGAGCUGCUUUGUCCCCACAGUUUCCAUCGUUAUUCGUUCCCACGGACGCGUUCUCUGCCGACAUUCAGUCAGAUUUUUCAGGUUGUAUUCGAGAUUUCGACGCCCAGCAAACAACAGCCGGGCAGCAGGAAUGGAUCCAGGCGGAGGGACGGGAGAGGAUGGCCGCAAUGUUAUCCUUUCCCUCCUGCCCCUCAGGAAGGUUUCAAAGAAAAUCAUGUAUUUCAUCCGAAAAUUGUCAGGGGGAAAAACAAAACCGCUCCCGAUCAGCCAUCCAUCGCUGCAAGCGAAGCCAUUUAAUUAACGCUCCUUUUGCGGCUGUUUGUCUUGGCUGCCGGCUACCUGGGCUGGCAGCUCAGAGCAACCAGGAACGGUUACCGAUAUCCCCCUGGAGCAGAAAAGAGCAGCAGAAAGCCAAAGCAGAAAUGUCGGCCUUUGGUGUUCUGCGCCCACCCCUCGUUAUGGAACUGCUGCAGUUCUGGUGCUGCCUCUGCUCCACAGCCAGAAAUGAAGUCUGUGGUUGGCCAGAGCCACCAGUAGGGUGCUUCAGCACGGGGGUGCCCCAGUGGGGUUGCAGCAAACCCCUCCUUCUGGCUGUCUCAGUGCCUGCUCAGCUCCCAGCCAUCGCAGCACAUCGAGGAACCCCCUGGUCAGCAGCAGCAGGCAGCAGACGGCUGCUCUCUGUUGGAGAUGGGUUUGUAUGCAGCUCACUGCCCACUGCAGAGCCUCGACUGGAAAUCACAGAGCAGAGCAGCACUUUGUGGGACAGACCUCCAUCCGUUGCCGGGCUCCCAUCAGCCUGGGUCCAACCCCGGGGCUUUGGAGAGUGGCAGCAGCACUGCGGGACACACAGCAUCGCUGUGCUCAGCUCAGGGCUCAGUCCACAUCCCCUCCUCUCCUCAAAAGGACACAACCACUGCCCCCAAAACGCUGUUAGGAAUUACCUUUAUGGUGCUUUUCCAGAAUCCCCCAUUAAACCAACAGGAAGGAGUAACUGCAGUUAUCCCCCCUGGCUGCUGAUUGCACAGAGCCACGCGGGGCCCCGGGCUGCUCACAAAGUCAGGCCAGGCUUCCAGUUUAUACAGUUUAAUACAUGUGAAACAAGAUACAUUUCCUUUUGAGUAAUGAAUGCAUAAAUAACAGAAGAUAUACGUGGAUGCAUAAAUAUGAGGCGGCAUGGAAUGAACCAAACGAAAACGGUUGCUUUAAU